AUGGAGCAGGGACGGAGUCCGUGUAUUCCCGCCCGCAGCGCUCAGGCCGGGCGGCCGUUGGGCUCCGCUCCGCGUUUUCCGCGCGCYCCCCCUCAGCGGAGCCGCAGCUCCGGGCGGGACGCGCCGAGUGCCCGGCGGGCAGGGCCGGCACCGAGCGCAGAAAUUGGGAAGAUUGACCAAGAUAUAUACAAAUACAACACCCCAGGAUUCACCGGCUGCCUGUCGAGAGUACAGUUCAACCAGAUUGCUCCACUCAAAGCAGCUCUGAGACCUACCAACGCCUCCUCUCACGUCCACAUCCAAGGGGAGCUGGUGGAAUCCAACUGCGGAGCAUCUCCACUCACCAUCCCACCAAUGUCGGCCGCCACCGACCCUUGGCACUUAGACUCAGCAAGUGCUGAUUUCCCAUACAAUGGUCAAGCUAUAGGAGAUGGAGUUAACAGAAACUCAGCUAUUAUUGGAGGCGUCAUCGCAGUGGUGAUCUUCACCAUUCUCUGCACCUUGGUGUUCCUGAUCCGCUACAUGUUCCGCCACAAGGGAACCUACCACACCAACGAGGCCAAAGGGGCAGAGUCCGCCGAGAGCGCCGACGCCGCCAUCAUGAACAAUGACCCCAACUUCACGGAGACCAUAGACGAAAGCAAGAAGGAAUGGCUUAUCUAAGCCCACGGGGAUGGGGCCUGGGGUGGGGUAUGAGCUGGGCCAAGGUGGGACUGGGAUGACUCUUGCAGUGGAGAGAGAACACUCUGUGUCGGACACUUGAGCACACAUAGGAUAAAAAGAUCAGCACAACUGGAGGAGCAAGUGACAGGAAAACACCACUGAGACUGGAGAAAAAAAAAUCUCAAGCAUUUAAGAAAAAAAUACUUUUUAAUAUUUAUUUACAGCAAAUUGCCCCUUCUGUAUCCCAACAACUACAACAAAGAGCAGUUUUGCAGCUUCAGCAUUGGUUACAAUUUUUAGUAAUACCUGUCUAUUUCUGUGUGUGUUUAGAGAUGUUCUGGAUACCUGUGACAAGAAACAGGGCUGGUUUUUUACAUUUUUUAAAAGCUGUUUAAAAUGUGGGUGGUUCUGUCCUGAGAACAAGUGGCAGCCCCUUCUUCCCAACAUCAGCCACUUCCCCUCAAGCUGCYCUCAGCCUCUCACCUUGACCACUUCACCGCUUGUUUUGGUGGCGUUGAUCCAGGGCUUCGGGGCUGGGGGUGGGACAGCRGGGUGAGGAUGCAAAUCUUACUCACCAGUUUCUCAACAUCUCAUCAGCCCAUGUCAGUCCUGGCAGGAUCCACCUUGACCCAGGCAUUCAYUGAUUGUGUGCAAUUCUCAUUAACAAUGUAAAAAUGCUGUUAUUAUGAUGACUACUACUACUACUCAAGAGGAUUAUCAUAAAGCACAGGAGGCUUUAAAAGUUUUUUGUAUUAUUUUGUUGGUCUCCAAGGGAGAACGAUGCUGUGUGAGUCUGUGGACCUAGUCUGUUCCUGUGUCUUUGUCUAUGGCACUGGUGACCUGAGGCACGUGCCGGGUUAAACCCAGCUCUGCCUGUGGCAGAUUGGCAUAUACUGUACAUUGUAGUAGGGAAUUAGACCCAGACUUUGUUUGUUUCUCUUUCUUCUUAAAAGACUGUCAUAGAAAUAUUAGUACAGCUUUAGUCAAUGCAUUUGAACCCACAGGCUUCACAUCCUACUUUUUUUUUAAAUCUUGGGAGUAGAAAUUUAUUCCUUAAACCCCUUGUUUCAGUUCCUUUGCAAGGAAAGCCUCUGCCGGCAGUGUUUGCACUGUCAGGAAGGUGAGGCAAAGGAGGCUUGAAAACUCUGCCUCCAGAGCAUGUGAGAAACACACAGCAUACAGGGGAGGGUUGCUUUUCAAUACAGAGAUAUACCUGAACUAUUUUACUGUCUUUGUAAGGUAUUUUUAAGAAUAGCAAGGCCAAUACCAAGUAAAGCWUUGCAUCUCAUUUUUCCUCUCAAAUCAGGAAAGUCAUAGGUGUCUCCUGAACAGGAGGCAGGCAGCGGGUAGGAAAGACAAAGGGGCAGCCUGAAGACCCAAUAUCCUUUGGUGGCAAUAACAAAGCUUUAGCUUGCCCACUGUAGAGAAACAUGGUUCUCUCAUGGUCUGAACUGAUAGGAAUUUAAGGCCUUAAUGGACAGGUUUUGCAGUGGAACAGAAUGAAGGAAUGAAUAUACUGCAGAGCUUUGCCAUGUGCUGAAAGAACAGAAACAAUAAGAAGAAUUUCCCUUUAAAAGUAUUUAAAGUGCUGGCAUUUUUAAUUUCCCUAUUUCUUUGGUUGCAACUUUCACUGUUCUAAUUGACACUUUAAAUAUUUUUUUUAAAUCAUCUAGGGGGAAGAAAUAUUGGAGUCUUACCAGACAAGAAAUCGAUAAGCACAAUUUGUCAGAAAAAACAUGGCAAGAUAGUUUGGGUUUUAAGUAUAGUAGCCUAAAGUCCAGUUCUGGAGUCAUUGAACAUGUAUAACAGAGCAAAGCAAGCCCAUUAAUUUCUUCUGUUUAUGGAUUUGAAAUUAGCAGACAAAAAAGUUGCCAGUUUCAAAAGAAAUUAUUGCUUCUCAGGUAACAUGUGUGGCAGAGAGGUUCAGGUAGGCAUAAUUACCUCUGUCACUCUUGUGCUCUGCAGUCUUUUGCCUUGCCUCCAGUAUUAACCUCUCCUUCUCUUGUCUGUAAUCAAGCAGAUGAGUCCUGGGUUUAAUCAUGGAUGUAAAAUAAGUCUUCGCUCCUUGGAGAAUAUAAGCAGGGGAUGGAUCUACCCUGCACCACCAUUCAGCAAACUACAUAGAAAUCACAGAUGUCUCUGUAGGAUUGAAAAGGCAUUAUCUUUUCUAUAUUAUUUUAUAUUUCAUUUUAUUUUAAUGGUGUUUUAGUCCACUCUGAAAAACAUCCUUGCCUCCGACUUCAAGUUGCCAAGAUAAGUGAAUAGAGCAUAAUUUGCAUAGGUUGGGGUUUGAUUUGCAGAAGUAAGUURCCAAUCUGAAUUUAAUGUCUGUGGAGAAGAUCAGAGCUUACAUAUCCUGGGAGACUAGAGUCCUCUGCCAUCUUWUGUGGGAAACACAGAUUUAACAGCCAUACUGCAAACUGCCAAAUGCCUCAACACGGCAUUAGAAGGGAAAGAUGGUUUGGCCUCCAUGUCUAAMCAAGUCCUUGGCAAACUGAGGGACAGUUGUUCCUGGGUUAUGGUAGUGAGGCCUGUGACAUUUAUUCACUGAUUUUCUGAAAGAAUCUCCCACAACCCUGUAAGCAAGAACUUCUGGAAAAUAACCUUUGACCAUUGUACAAGCAAUAGUUACAAAUUACUAUCUUAAAUUUGAAAACCAGGGUUUAAAUUUCUGAAAUCAAGUCAUGAGCAUCUGCGCCUCUCCCUUGACUGGGCACUGUGGACCUUUUUAUGUAAAAUACAUUAGUGCUAUGAUAAAAUGCAGUCACUCUCAUAACUCUAGAAACCUUUAAUUACUAGAAUUCUCGUUUCUCCUUAAACUGGACCUUGGACACGAUAUUAUUGAUGACAGUGCCCCUGUACAGGCAUUUAGUGACUUUGGGUGAAUUCCUGCCUGUCUGCUUUGUAUUUAAUUUCUGAGAAUGGUGUUUGUUUAAUUAUAGGCAGUGGUCAUUCAACAGCCUGGCAGGAAAGCAGGAACAGGCUCAGAAACAUAGCCUGYGUGUUUUGCUAGCACUGUAUCUAUUCUGAGGAUUUCUUCCUCUGCAAGCCUAUCAUUGAAGGCUGAAACAACAUCCAUACUUUAUUCCACCCCCUCUUACUUGUGCCAAAAAUCCAUGUUGUUUAACAGGCAUGUGGGAAAAUCCAUUGCAGGGGAGAGUGGAUCCUGCUUUUAUAAAACUCUGUACUUUCCCCAAAGAAUAUUAAAAUAAUCGGUCUUUUGUCACCUGCUUGUUAGCUGUUUCACCUGYUCGAACUGUGCAGAAAAAUGUAGCUUCUUGUACUGGUUUGGGAACCAAAGUGUCCCAGUUGUGUUUCUAAAGGGUCAUUCYUGAUACUGCAGGAAGUGAGGGCAAAACUGCCACCAGCAGUGGGGAGAGCAAGACUGGGCUGGAGAUCGGGCUCUCAGUUUUAGUGAAAUAAUGAAAGCAAUAUUUUGGAUUCUCAUUCACAAGACAUGCAGACCACCAGGUAAUGAGACAUGGAGCUCCAAAGAGACAAAACACUAGAAAACUUAUUUUGAUGUCAACCCAGCCUCUAGGGAAAUCUGCAGUCCAGUCUGGUGGUUUUGAGUCAGGUCUUACACACACAGCUUAUUCCGUAUUUACUGAUAGAAAAUMCAGAUGUAUUAAAUAGGAAUAUGUAUCUUGAACUCGUACUGGAGGAUUUCUGCUUUGUAUUUUUUGUGUCUUAAACUUUAUCUGUAUCUUUUAUAUCUCUUCUAGCAGUUACCACUUCAAAGGUUGGCAGCAUUUUAGUGUCAUGCUCUAGGCAGCAUGAUAUAUGUAAAAGAAUGAUCAUCAUAAAUAUUUUAGUAAGACUGCCGAAGCAGUGGUGUAUAUGUACAAGUUUAUUGUACUGAUAAGAACUCAUUUUAACUAAAACAAUGUCCUUUAAUGGCAGAUGAAUCCAAUUUCCAGGGUAUCUGUUGAAAUGUGAAGCUAUCUAUGUUCGACAAGCAAUAGCUUUUAAUAUGGUUUCUCCCAUGAAUGAUUUUGCAUUCUAUCAAGCAUGAUGAUCCUGCAAGGGUGUCAUUUUUGAAAAGCAAAACCUAAAUUCUGUUAAUCAGAUGUCAUUAUCCAUCCUAGAGGAAUUAAACAAAAACCUUGCCUUCUAACAGCAACAGCAUGCAAAUUAGAAUGAAUGAAGGGCAAUGUGUUUGUGUGCAUAAAUACCUUCUGCGAAUGUCUUUCCUUUUAACUAA